CAUGUUUACAUAUUCCCUUUUGCCAAAGGAAAAAAAAAUGAGCAAAGCACUUGGGUGGUGUUUGGUUUGUACAUGCCUUUUAAUUCCAUUAGUAGUUGCAGAUUGGAACAUAUUGAAGCUAUCACGUAAUGGAUUCAAGAUUAGCUUAAAGAACUAUUGUGAAAGUUGGAGAAUGAAUGUUGAGUUACACAACAUAAGAGAUUUUGAAGUUGUGCCUGAAGAAUGCAUUGAAUACAUUGGAAAAUAUAUGAAGUCUACACAAUAUAAAGUGGACUCAGAAAGGGCAAUUGAAGAAUGUUUAGUUUAUCUUAGCACAAGUUGCAAUUUGAAGAAAGAUGGAAGAGAUGCUUGGAUUUUUGACAUUGAUGAUACUCUACUUUCAACUGUUCCUUAUUACAAGAACAAUCAAUAUGGGGGAAAUAAAUUGAAUGUGACAUCUCUAGAGCAAUGGAUGAGAAAGGGUAAAGCACCUGCUCUUGAUCACUCAUUGAAGCUCUUCAAUGAACUUAAGUCAAGAGGUAUUCAAAUCAUAUUGAUCACUGCAAGGAGGGAACAUCUCAGAUCAGCCACAAUUGACAAUCUUCUCAAUGUUGGUUAUUAUGGGUGGACUAGAAUUUUCUUUAGAGAUACAGCUAAUGAAUUUGUAUCAGUGAAAAAGUAUAAGUCUGAUGUAAGAAGAGAGGUAAUGAACGGAGGUUAUCGCAUUUGGGGCAUUCUUGGGGACCAAUAUAGUAGCAUUGAGGGGAUUCCAAGUCCUAGAAGGACAUUCAAACUCCCAAAUCCAAUGUACUAUGUUAGCUAACUAGUGUGUAGGUGUUAUGCAUGAAAUGAUUUUUGUUAUUGAAAUUAUUUAUUUGUUUAUUAAACUUUAAAUAUUUUAAUUGUAUGCAACUAUUUAUUUAUUUUUGACAGAAAAAAUUAUUAUUUUUUAAUUGCAUUGUAUUGGUAAUGAUAUAAUAAAGGUUGAAAUAUUGUUAGUUUUUUU